ACCACUAAUUAUAAAAUAUCACAAAUAAUUUAACGAUGCUACUGCUACGUUGGUAAUGGUGCACCAGGAAUAUAACUCAACACGUUCGUCAAUUACACUGUGGUCUUGAAAUAAAUAACAUAAAAAUAGUCGACGUUUCACCUUGAUGAGCAAUUGCCCGAAACGUUGCCUAUGAUAUAGCCUUCUUUUAAAGGACCGUUUAUUGACGAUUGUGAGAUACAUUUUUAAGCAUGUAAGGUCAUACGUGGAAGUACGGUGCUACUGCCGAAAGCGACCACCUAUUACAUUCUGCGACCACGGUUUACAUACAUACAUACACACACGCACACAACAACAUCCACCCAGCCAACAUUUCACCACUAGCACCCAACCCAUAUCUCACCGCCUCAACACGCGCCUCCCCCUCUCGCCACCCACCCCGAGACCGAUCCAACCUCCAUCCAUUCCUGCGCCCAGAGCUGCUGAUAUAUAGUUGCUGGGUCCCACAUUUCUGUUCUUCUUCCACACUUCUUGUUGUCGGAAGUUUGGUUGGGGUGGCCUUUGUGGGUGGGACGCGUCAGUGUCACCCGACACCAUGAAGACCUCCAGCCACGACGUCAACUCGGCGUCGUCUCCCAACAACGUGGAGGUGUUGCCGGCGGUCGCCACAGGGCUUCGUCUGCAGGUCCUGGACGUGUCUGCUCCCCCGGCAGCGGUCGCUUUGAUCAUCGCCGUUCUCAUUUCUUUGGUGGCUCUCGUCGAGAGCUGGCGCUCAUCUCGGAGGCGCACCGCGCUCCUGGACGUGGCUCGACACGCAGAGAGCCUUCCUCGAGAUGCCGCGCUCAACUCCUCGUGCGCUUCAAAGCUCGUUGAUCCUCACUCGUCGUCUGAUAUUCUGUCCACUACGACUACUACAUCGUCAUCAUCGUCGUCGGCGUCUAUGCAAUCGACUCUGGCUAUUCUAGCAGUGAAUCCGUCACGUACUCCAACAUCGACCGCAUCGUUUACUUCGACAUCCACUCAGUUGUCUAUUCCAUCAUCUCAUUUACCACCACCACCACCAUCUAUUCAACCAUCUUCUCCAGCAUGUACCCUAUCUCAGUUACCUGCACAUUCGCCAUCAGCAGCAGCAUCUUCACCGGCGGUAGCAGCAGCGCCGCUCCACUCUCUGCGCACUCUCCCUGGUCCCACGCCGUGGCCCUUCGUGGGAAACUCUCUCCAGCUGGGGCCCAUGCCCCACCUGACCUUCCAGCGCAUGGCCUCCACGUACGGGCCCCUAUUCCGCAUCCGCUUGGGCAGCAGGGACGUGGUGGUGCUCAACGGCGACAGCCUCGUCCGAGAGGCGCUGGUGUGCCGGGGCUCCGAGUUCGCGGGCCGCCCGGCCUUCCGCUCCUUCUCCAUGGUGUCCGGAGGCCACAGCGUGGCCUUCGGGGGCUACUGCGAGCUGUGGAGGCUGCACAGACGGCUCGCUCAGUCCACGCUGCGCGCGUUCUCCACGGGCGGCACGGACGCGCGCCGCGCGCUCGAAGGCCACGUCGUGAUGGAAGCGGCCGAGCUCCUGCGCGUGAUGAUGGCCUCGUGUCGCCGCUCCACCGCGGGCUCCGUGGACCCGGCCCAAGCCCUCGUGGUGGCCGUGGCCAACGUGACGUCUGCGCUGUGCUUCGGCCGACGAUACGGGCACGACGACGCCGAAUUCUGCGAGCUUCUGGAUCGGAACGAGCGCUUCGGGCGCGCGGUGGGCGCCGGCAGCGUGGUGGACGUGAUGCCUUGGCUGCUGCGCUUCCCUAACCCGGUGCGCGCAGCCUUCGAUGACUUCAGGCGCGCCAACGAGGACCUCUCCGAGUUCGUGCGCGACAAGGUGAGGCAGCGCAGGGGCGCCGCGGCGGUGGUGGGGCCCGGGACUCGCUCCGUGCGCGACAUGAUGGACGCGCUCAUUGCGCACGUCGAUGGGGGAGCGGUUGCAGGAGGAGGAGGAGCGGCAGAAGCAGCAGCAGGAGACGGAGAAGGUGGAGAAGCAGCAGGCGGUGGACGAGGAGGAGGAGGAGGCCCUCGGCUGGGUGCGAGCCACGUGGAGGCCACGCUGUGCGAUGUGUUCGGGGCCAGCCAAGACACCCUGUCCACGGGCCUCCUGUGGCUCAUCCUCCUCGCCGUGCGCCACCCGGAGGAGCAGGCGCGGGUGCAGGGCGAGGUGGACCGCGUGGUGGGGCGGACGCGGCUGCCCUCGGCGGCUGACCGCGCGCGAAUGCCCCGCACGGAGGCGUUCGUGUGCGAGGUGCUGCGCUACAGCAGCUUCGUGCCCGUCACCAUCCCUCACGCCACCACGCGGGACACGCGGCUGGCGGGCUACUCCAUCCCCAGGGACACCGUGGUCUUCGUGAACCAGUGGUCGGUCAACCACGACCCCGGGGUGUUCGAGGAGCCGCACGCGUUUCGACCCGCGCGCUUCCUCGACGCCGAGGGAACCGCGCUCGACAGGGCCCUGGCGCGCAGGGUCAUGAUCUUCUCGGCGGGCAGGAGACGCUGUAUCGGCGAGGAGUUGUCCAGGCUCGAGCUCUUCCUCUUCACAGCCGUGAUGCUCCACCAGGUGGACUUUGUCGCGCCGCCCGGACACGGGCCGCCAGGCACCGAGGCGGUGUGCGGCGGCCUCACGCUGAAGCCGAAGCCCUUCUCGGUGGCCCUGGUGCCCAGAGGCGAUCCCCUCGGCCCUGGCUGUGCGCCGCAGCCGUGAACUCGCCACGGGGCCGGGACAUGGCACAGGAGUGGGGAGGUGAUGAGCCACAGAGGCCCCGGGCGGUGGCACGGGUCGGAGGGGCCGAAGACGUUCCUUGUGGUGGUGGUGCGCAAUAGCAAAGCAAAUUCGAGCGCUGUACCUCGACCUAUAACCAUCUAACCAGACACUCGUUGCAGGCGAAACCUUAACUAACUCGGCGAUGAGCCACGUGUGCAAGCAUUCUCAAUUAAUCUCACCUUAACUCGCCACACAUACUAGCGCUCUCAAUGGUUUAACCAAAUAGCCAACCAGCCACUAGAUAUUACUCUCCCUUCCAUUGAACCUAGCCUUACCCCUAAGUCUAGCUAACUAGCCACUAUGGCGAAGCUAAGCCCCUAACCCUGACCAACUAACCAUCAAACCAUUGUUGAUAUAGCCCUCCUACUUAGCCUAACAAAGCCCCACAGGCUGUGUGAAUUACUGCGCUCAUCCGGCAGUAGUUUUUUUUAAUUAAAGGCUAUUCUUUGGGUCUUUCGAUAAAGUCACGUGGAUAGGUUCAAAGAAAAAACUACGACGUUCCGAUCGCAACACAAGCGGUCGUCAUCAAAACAUUAAAGGGCUGUUUUGAUCAGCUCCGCGGUAACGGAAUUACAGCACGGGGGCGCAGAAUAUGAUCAAAACAAAAUGUAAUUUAUGCUUCAUUUGGAAUUCUAUAGUUUAUCCGUGUUCUUGCACAGUGAGGUGAGUAUUUUAUAUAUACAUAUAAAAGUAUAGACGGUGUAUUUGUGUCCAUCGCCAUGAAUGCAUUCCUGUAGUCAGAGCCGGAUCAAGGCGUGGGGGCUUCAGGGGCCGCAGCCUAAGGCCCUCCACCAGCUGGAGGGCCUCCAGAGAUGAAGCGAAAAGUUUUUUCGUUUUGUGAAAGCUGCAUUUUAUUUGUUG